UUGAGAUUAUAUGUAAUAUAAAAAUCUUAUUUUCAAUAUGGUAGCAUGAAAAAUGUGUAACGGCUAGCUUUUUGAAAGUAAAGAAAAGAAAACGUAACGGAUGUAUCAGUUGACAUCUCUACUAGACAUUUUGAAAGGGGAGAUCUGCUAAAAAUGAGCAAUUUGAUAUCGAAAUUCGAACGUAGUGGAUUAAGUGUAUAUAUGCAUUCUUUUUAUUUCUCAUUUUAAUUUGUCAUAAUCAACGGGGAUAUUUUGUCUCCCAUGUACUAUGCCUUUUAAAUUUAUAUUGUGUAAUGUGCAUGUCUUUAAAUUGGUUGAGCAAUAAUAUUUGUUACACAAGGAAUUAAAUAAUUAGGAAUUAGAUUAAAUACAACUAUGUUAAUAUCUGUAUCUGUAAAUUCUAUCGAAAAUUCGAAAUAGGCGCGGUAAAAGUAGGUAAAAGUGAAAACGGCUUAAAUGACUGUCACGUGAAAGUAGGUCGUAUUGGAUGCUGUCAAUAAUAAAUUUCAUACAACCCUCUCAUCGCUGUCAUAUUUGUUUUUAGCGUUUAAAGUUUUCCGUCCAUUUAAUUUCAUUUAUUAGAAAAUUUUAUCGAAAAUUCCUAAUUCUGUAGUAUAUAUAUGUGCCUUCUCUGUGAGUGGCAUUAUCAUCAGUCUCGUGAAAGAAGCAUCCGUUUCAUUUCGGCUAGGUUUUCAGGAAGUCAGGAACUCUGCUUUAGUUUCGCAACAUGAGUCAAGUCAAUCAAGUGGAGACCUCCGGUGGGCCAUCAUCAGUCCAGUCAGCAAAGCGGAGGCGCGGUCGUCCACGUAAAGACUCCGUCCAAGCCAACAUUUUACCUGCUGAUGUGGCGCCCGCUUCUGAAGGGGUCCACCAAACUGCCGGACCUGAAUGUGUGGUGGUGGGCCAGGCGGUGACAGGUGUCAUCGAGGCAACAUUUGAUUCUGGCUACUUGCUCAAUGUAAAAAUCGGCGACUCGGACACAACUUUGAGGGGCGUUGUCUUCAAGACAGGUCACUACGUACCUGUCACAGCGGCAAAUGACGUGGCGCCACAUGUGCAAAUGGUCAAACGAAACGAUUUCCAUUUCAAUGUGGAUAAUCCUGCUGUGCGGCAGACAUCUGCUUUGGUGCCUUCGAAACGGAAGUACGCACCUAGGAAAACUGCCGCCUCUUCUCCCGCUGUUCCUCAUCCAGUAGGGGAGGGAAGCUCCGUGGGACCCGUUGGAGCGGAAGCUUCCGUAGAUGGAGACAAGGAGGUGGUGCUCGUGGUUGAGCCGUUGACAAUGGUAUUACCAUCGGGUGAACAGGUUCUUGUCGCUGCAAAAACUAACCCUAGCCACCGAGUUGCUGAACAGGAGGUUGACCAUGGUUUGUCUAAUGAAGGCACUGAGGUUGGACAAGAAGACAAACCUAAGACGACGAUUGAUAACUCAGGCAAUUCAAAAACCUCGGACAUGGAAGUUGAGGGUGUUGAGGAAGUGGUGAAGCCUUUAGCCAAAGAUUCUGGAAUUGUUUGUGGGCCCGUCGUGGAUGAGUCACCACUGGCUGAACCUUUGGUUGACCAGGGAAGUGGAAGGAUGACUGAGCUCUUACAGGCUUUGCAGGAGACUGUAACAGAGACCGAGGUGCAAAAUGAUGAAGCACCAACUCCCGCAGCCCAAGUUGAUUCGGUUGAUGCAGUGAUGAAGGAAUCUUGUCAAGAAAACAAAGCAAACGAAGUGUGACGAGAGAAUAUUUAUCAAGAAUUGCGAAAAGAAUUUAUUUUUAUUUCUGGGCUGGAGCUUUUAAAAGAGUUCUGCAUUAGCUAGAAUGAUGAACUAGCAAUUUCCUAUUUCUUUUUUCUUUCUCUCUCUAGUUUUAUGGGUAAUUUUUACCUUUCAUGAACAAUUUGUGUAAUCUUUCGUUCUGCAUUUGAAAUUUGGUUGGUCGAGUCGAUUUGAA